UGCGCAGGGCCAGACCAAGCGAGGGGCGCACGGACGUUCGGCGCGCGAGCGUCGCGGUCGACGAUACGCCCCCACGGGCCGAGGUCAAACCCACAGUUGGCGAUGGUACACGCACCACAAGCAACUACCGACGGCUGACGGAGGAUGAAAUACAAAGGCGAAGGGAAAAAGGCUUGUGCUUUACUUGCAACGAGAAAGUUGUGCCAGGCCACAAGUGCAAAGGUAAGGAAAUUUUUCUAUUGGAAAUUGAGGAGGAACGAGAGGAAGAAAAGCCACAGGAAGAGUCCUGGUUGCAUAUGGCAAAGUGCAAUAAGCGUGGUCCUAGAAUGAUCAGAUUCACGGCUGAGAUAAAGGAUAUGUUGCUAGAGGUCCUGGUGGACAGUGGGUCGAGUUUAAAUUUUAUCGAUGAAGGGAUAGCCCGGAAGUUGAAAUUGGUACCCACAAAAGUCAAGAAGUUUGGUGUCAAGGUGGCCAAUGGACAUGAGCUGCAGGGAAGUCAAUUAUUCAAGAAGGUCCCGAUAACGGCACAGGAUCACGAGCUGGAAAUUGAUCUUUACGCCUUACCGCUUAAGACAACAUAUAUUGUGUUAGGAGUACAGUGGCUGGAAACGCUUGGACCCAUUACGACUGACUAUAAGCGAGGAAAGAUGAAGUUGGAGAGGGGCAAGGAGAAGGUAGAUAUCCAGCCGGGAGGAGAGGUAGAGAAAAUUCAGAUGGUCAAAGGAUAUGAGGAGAGGAAGUUUAGAAUUGAGAAAUAUUUGGAGGAGCCCAUCCGGUCGAAGUUGAUUGAUCUGGUCAGAGAUUUUGCGGAUAUUUUUGCUUAUACGGUGGAAGAAUUGACAGGGAUAAGUGCGGACGUGAUCGUGCAUCGUCUAAACAUUGACCUUAGUGUGAGGCCG